AUGAAAAGCGGGUUUUUGCCCUUACUUCGAUUAACAAACGCUAUGCAAUGUGACCGUUUAAUGUUAAGCGGCCACUAAGCGGCCACUUUGUAUGACAUAUUAUGAAAUUGGCCGCUUAGUGGCCGCUUAUAGAUUAAGCGGCAACAUUGCUUACCUUUUGCAACAGGGUUGUUUGUGAAAGCAACCGUAGUUUAGUGAAAGACCGUUAAUGUUUAGUUAAAAACCACCCGUAAAAUGGAUUCAUAUUUUAUUAAUGAUCAACGUAGGCAAUUUGUGAAAGUGCUGUUCCCCUCGGUGUCGUUGCAUGUUGGUGUGGAGAACGGCGGUAUGAGAUCGCUAGAACUAUUCGACGUCGUUGUUGAGAAGAUGGAAACACAGAAUUUAAUGCAAAUUCGAAUGACGCAAUCCAAUGAUCACUCCAAAAUGUUUCUCAGCACCAUCGAUACAUCCGCUUAUGAGGAAAUCCGGGUUCAACAAGCUCUACAUGUAACGUUCCACGGCUUUACCGAUCAUCUCAUACAAAUACUCGAAAGUUGCAAAAAGGAUGAACUGCACAUUUCUUUGGUCAUUAAUAACAGCAGAUGCACGAUGCAGAUAUAUGAAAAAAGCUCGUUUAAAAAUUUAACACACUUAUUUCUGACUAUGGAUAGCGCUUCGACGGAAGCCGUGCUCUACCACCUAAACCAACAGCUCCAAAAACUGUAUGCUCAAAUAACCGGCUCCUCCUCACAGGUCAACAAGUACCAGCUCGAAAUAAGAUUAAAAGAUGAAACUAUUGAACAGCUGAGGAAUGAAAUUUGCUCGUUAAAUGGAAAAUUUGCGAACCAAGAAAAUCUCUUGUUUACCAGAAAUGCCGAGGAGAUCACAUCGCUUCAUCAAUCUUUGAAACGUCUUGGAGAAAGCAAGGAAUUAGAGGAAAAGAGAUUGAAAGCCAUUAUCAAUAGUAUGCAAGAAAAGAUUGAUCAACUGUCUAAGGAAUCUGCAGACCGUGCCGAACAAAUAAUUCUAGAAACAACGCGUUAUGAAAACAUCCGAGAAGAGAAUGUUAAGCUGCGAAGUCUGAAUACGUUGAUCAAAGAGGAAAUUGAUCGUACGAAAAAGGAACUUUGUCUAAAACAAGACCGAGAAUCUAAGUCAGGAAACAUGAUUUCCGAAAUGAAACGGCAGAUCCAAGAUAUGCAAAACAAAGCAAAACUUCUUGAAAAACAACGAUCAGAAUUGGAAGCGGAACUGCAGGCCGAGAAGAAUAUCUGCCACACUAAGAAGCACGCCUUACAGAUUUCAACGGAUGAACUAGCGAAUGCAUCAGUAGUUAUAAGCAAUCUCAACAAAGAAAUAGCAGUGCUCAAAAGCAAAGUGGAUCUGCGGACAGCGAUCGCAAUGCGCCAGGAAAAGAUCAUUCAAGACAAUAAAGUAGAAUUGAAGGAGUUGAAGGAAACUGUCGCAGCAAUACAACAAGAGCAUCUACGGAAUCGUGCCACCAAUGAGGAAUAUGCCCAAACGGUCAAACGGAUCAACGAAGCAUCCAACAUGAUAGAAGAGAAAUAUCGCAAAAAAAUCAACGAUAUGCUAAUGAAGUUGUCGGAUUCACAUGUGUAUGCUGUAUCGAUGGAGGGUAAUUAAAUUAUGUCCCUAGCCCUUUUCAAAUAAACUGCAAUCAGUUCUGGGUUCUG